GGUGACGGGCAGCUGUCACGGCCAAUCCCGCCGCCUGAUCCCGCGUCGGUUGACAGGCGGGUCCCUGGCUCGCCAGCCCCUCGCGGAGGCCGGGCUCCCCGACCGAGAGGGGGCAGCGUCCGCUCCCUGGAGUCCUCGGUGCCGUGCGUGCGUCUCCCCGGCGACAAGCCUGGAAAUUAACCGCUCACUCACCCCGGGGCCCGGUCGCGGUCCUGCCCCGGGACACCCCUCCUCCCGUGGGCCGCACCCCGGGAAGGGAGUGGCGGGAAAGGGGCUACGGUGGCGGUUGUCCUGGUGAGGACGGACCAAGACUUGGGGACUUGUGGAGAAAAUGUUGGUUUAAGUGCCUUAAAGGUGUUUUCAACCCAUUGGGGUGAUGAUCAGUGUUCAUAGUCGGCGCUGAAGCAGAGCUGAGUGGGCAUGAGCCAUUUGCAGAACUUACUGUUAGAUACACUCCUGGGAACCAAGCAUGUGGACAGUGCAGCCCUCAUCAAACUCCACGAGUGGAGCCUGUGUGUAGCAUCACCAGGAUUUAGUGUAAUGCCCAGUGAUGUCCGAAGACUUGUGAAUGGAUUUGCCAAGAACCCCUUGCAAGCCCGAAGAGAAGGACUGUAUUUCAAGGAAAAGGAUUACAAAUGUGUCCGGGCAGAUGAAUAUUCUCUUUAUGCUAAGAAUGAAAACACUGGUGUGAUUGUUGUGAAGACCCAUCAGUAUCUUCUGGUGACAACUUACACUGAGGGCAUGUAUCCUAGUGUCUGUGUGGAAGCCACAGAGAAGCUGGGAGACUAUCUAAGAAAAAAAGGAAAUUAAAUCAUCAGAGACCUAUGAAAGACAACUUUAUUAUUUUAGAAGAACGCUUAAAGAACAUCUUAAAGAGAAAAAAAAAACAAAACCUUAGUUUGUGGUUGAAAAACACUAGGUAGAAGAUACUAAAGAAGAAGAAUGAGUUAAGGAAGCAAUUUUUCUUAUUUCAAGAGAUCCUCUUCUUCAGUUGGAAUUACUUGACCAACUUGUUCUUUAAAAAAAAAAAAGUGUUUUUUAAGUCUUGGUCA